CUGCCUCCUGACCCAGCUGGGGGGCUCCUGCUUUUUCGCCUUUCCUCUCCGGGCCCAUCAGCCCUCAUUAAGCGAAGCAGCUGUCCAGCCGGCUGGAGCCUGGUCUACAGCCAAGCAGCCUUGCCCCGGAGAUACAGAAGGAAAGAGAAAAAGUGGAGAGAAACCCGAGAGGAAGAUGCUGGAAUUCGGCUCAGUCUGUCCCUCACUGCUGACGCUGAGCAGAAGGCGCCUUUGAUGGGGGAGCUAAGAGCACCCCAGGAAAGGAGGGGCCUGGGAUUAGUGGGAGAGAACAUUCCUGAAGUAAAGGCACAACUUCAAACCAGCUUCAUCUGGAUGCCGCCUCGGAGGCCCAGGGGCUGGCUGUACCACCCACCGUGGAUUUGCAUAGAGGCAGCAAGUCUGGAUUCCUAUGUUUACUGA